CUAGUCGUGCGAAAGAUUUGGAAGUGGACAUGUCUAUUUAGUUUGCAGAUUGGAGUUCACCGCAAGAGUAAGAUUAUUCGCAAACAAAAGUGGAGUGCGAAGAGUGCCGUGAUCAAUAAUAAACAAGAUGAACCGCGAAACGACCACCGGUUUGAUUACUGGAGCUGCCGCUUUUCACGGCACUCAAGCAUUUUUGUUAAGUUCGCUGACUGCGGUAAAAGUUGGUCCACUGGCAGCCUUGGCCGUCACUGCCGUAGAGAGUGUGGCAACUGUUGGUGUGGCCGCUGGGCUUGCUGUUCCGGUUGCUGUGGGAUUGGCUCCCAUUGCCAUUGCUACUGCUGGUGGCGCAGCUGUUUUUGCAGUAACGGCGCCACGUACAACUGCGAAAAUUGUCACGAAAACAGUCGGCACGCUUUUUAAGCCGAUAGCGUGGGGCGCUAGUGCAGUUGUCAGCGCAUUGACAUCUAAAAACGAUGAACACACUGAUAGAAGGAAAACAAAUGAUGAUGAGUCAAACAAGCUGUAUAAAGCUGAUUCCAAUGACCAAAGUUCUGAAUCCUACGAACGUACAGAAAGCACUUCUAAUGAAGAAAACGGCGAAGGCGAUGGUGACGCAGGGAAUGGCGAUGAGUCUGACGAGGGUUCCAAGAGUGACUCCGACUCCGAUACCAGUUCUGAAUCCACCGAAAGUUCAUCAAGCUCAGAAGAUGAGGAAGAGAAACAUAAGCAAAAACCUAAAACCAAAGGUUCAAAGCAGAAAUCUAAAAACAAACAACCCUCCACAGUUGAUCACUAUACUGAUUCAAUUUCGUCGGAAUCGACCAAAACCUACUUACCGAAAUCUGGAAUGUCUGAACUAAGUUUGAAGCGAACUUCGCAAAACAUUAAAAACACAGUGAACGGAAGCUAUCAUUUGGUUCGUCGUUUGACACGAUUUCUUCGCGUUGGAGGAAUAGUAACAUACAUUGUAGGUAAUUUUAACAUCCCAAAAACGAACAUUUUCCAGUCUGGUCGCUCAGAAACUAAAGACCGGGUAUGCAAAGAUAUUCCAGACCAUCACGCUGCCCACGUUGUUCAAUUACAAGUGGUUCCGUCUGUGCUAGAGUGUAAUCCUUUAAUAUACAAAAUCUUGCGUAAAUGUUUGGGCCAUACGCACUUUGUGCACAAAAUUUUCAACCUUUGUAUUGGCAAACGAAUUGACACGCUACAAGGCAAAUUACUACAAGCUCUUCUUUCCAUUGACUGGCAUAACGAAACGGCAGAUAAUAUAUCAUCUGCUGCGGUAACAGUAUUGCAAAUGAUUAGAGAUUUAUGGAUUGAAUUAAUAACUCAAGAAAUGAGUAACUUAAAUUAUACCACAGAUCAAAGACGCGAGUUGAGUAUUGCCUGCCAAUUUAUUUCAAAUAUGACCAUAACGGAACUGUUUGAAAAGGUUAUAGCAGGAUUGGAUUAUAUGAUUGAUCAAAUGAGAAAACAAAAUAAGCAAAUGUAGAAAACCUGAAUUCGUCCGAGACGGUUGGCUUAGCAGUCACCUAAAACGAUUGUUUUAUUCAUUUCGGAGAUUCUAAGCGCCUGGACAACAGCAACAGCACAACGCAGGGAAUUCGAAGUCAGUCUCUAUUAUUGGAUUUUUAUGAAUAAAUAUCAUAUUUCCUUAAGCAAGUAUUAGCCGAGUGCAUGGAUACUAAACAUGUUUUAAAUCGAAAAUGGACGAAAAAUUAUUGUUGCAAAUUUCAUAAGUCAUAUUUUAAAUGAGAAUAAUUAAGAAAAAGAAAUAUAAAACGUUUUACCGUUGAAAUUGCAUUUAAAGGUACCAAUCAAAUCCGUGUGUUUUCAAUUCAGAAUGUCUAAACACUUUCUCAAGCAUUUUUAUGGAUAAAAAAAAAACAAUUUUUUUAUUGAUUUUAAGCCUUGUACAAAGUUACUUCUUCCCGAGCAGACGGAAAUAACUUGGCAAUAACAUUUUCUGAUAUUUGGAAAUACUAGGCCAAUAACAUUGUAUGUUAUUUAUAACAAGAUUUUUAUUCGUCGUUAUGAAUUCAAAUCUUUGUUAUUAUUUUUGGUUAUUUCAACAACUUAUCCGAUCAUCCCAAUAACAGUUGAAGGUAUUCUUCCAUAACAAAAAAUGUUAUUCCUAAGUUGUUUUGGCUUUCAACCAAUAUCAGACUAAUAACAAAUUGUGUUAUUAUAACAAAAACUGUUAUUAAACCCUUAUGCAAAAAUGGAUUUUUCAAGAAGAAUCCAUUACAUUUUCUGUUACUUUAACAGUAUUUGUUAUUGAAAUGGCAUGAAUUUUGUUAUUACCGUCUGCCCGAGUUGUCUAACUUUGCACAUUUUGAUGAGUAAAUGAGACAUAAAACACAUUUUUUUCGCAAGUUUCCUGAACAGUUAUUAAAAAGUUUCCAAUUAAUAAUAAAGGAAUAUAAAACAAACAUUUCGCAUUGGAAAGCUGAAAGUAGCCACGCCGUGUCACGAAUAUCACCACAAAAAUUAAUUAAGGAGCUAUUACACUACGGCAAACAAAC